AUGAGGGGAGGGGGAAUUGCCGGAUUGCCCUCGCCUUUCGAAGUCAACAUUCUUGAUGGUUCCGCCUCAGCUAUUCCUGGUUCCGCCACCCCUGAUUCCGCCACCCCUGGUUCCGCCACCCCUAGUUCCGCCACCCCUGGUUCCGCUGGCGGCGCACAGGUGUUACCUGGGGGAGGGGGGUCCGGGGAAGCUGUCACGUUUGAGCCGCUGCCGAUCCGACCUCCUCCGUCACCGCCUGCUUCUUCUGCUUCCGGUGCUGCUGGCAGUGGCAACAACCCUGGUGCUAGUGGUGCUGCUGGCAGUGGCAACACCCCUGGUGCCAGUUAUGCUGCCAGUGGUGCUGCUGCUGCAGCAGCUGGUGCGGUGAUAGGAGGUUCGGGAGGCGUGACAAGCGGUGCAGCUAUGGGAGGGUUGGCUGCAAAGGCGGCUGGGAAGGGGAAGGGGUGGAAGGCGGGGGAAGCAGCGGCCAUAGCUGCUGCUACUGGAGGGGGGCUGGGGGCGCUUGGAAGAGCUCUGGGCGGAGGCCUGGCGGGAGGUUUGGCAGGAGGGGUCAACCACACCAGGCUUUCCCACUACGACCCCUCUUCCUCUGCCAGUGCUCCCAAUUCUUCCCGCCCUUAG